AUGAGGCAGGACGAAUAUGCUGGGCAGCUUGUUGGAUUUGGCGCUAGAGAUACGGAAGGGUCUGCCGGUAUGACAGAGUUCCAGGUUGGUCAACAAUUUAAGGAUAAAGAUGAGGCGCUGUUGAGUGUGAAGACGUACAGCAUCCGCCGAGGGGUACAGUACAAGGUAGUUGAGUCUGACUAUCGCAGGUACGUGGGAAAGUGUUCUGAGUUUGGGAAUGGGUGCACAUGGUUGAUUCGGUUGAGUCUCCGGCAACGCAAAGGCAUCUGGGAAGUCAAGCGGUACAACGGACCGCAUACCUGUCUCGCCACCUCCAUCUCCAGCGACCAUAGGAGUUUGGACUACCAUGUGAUAGCGACAUUCAUUAUGCCAAUGGUUAGGGCUGACGCAUCCUUCAACAUCAAGGUGCUUCUAAAUGUCACGGCUGCACACUUUGGCUUCAGGCCUACAUAUAGGAGGAUGUGGAUGGCGAAGCAGAAGGCGGUUGCAAUCAUCUAUGGGGACUGGGAUGAGUCGUACAAUGAGCUCCCUCGAUGGGUGUUAGGAGUUCAGUUGACGAUGCCUGGUACUGUAGCAGUCCUCAGGACUUGCCCUGUUCAAGUUGGGGGACAGGUGGAUGAGUCUCAAGCUUAUUUUCAUAGGAUGUUCUGGACUUUUCCCCCUUGUAUCGAGGACGGGAAUUCCAACAUACUCCCUGUGGCAUUCGCACUAGUUGAGGGUGAGAAUGCUGAGUCAUGGUCCUUCUUUCUCUCCCACCUCCGUCAGCACGUGACACCUCAGCCAGGUCUGUUAGUUAUUUCAGAUAGGCAUAACGGCAUCAAGGCAGCACUCGAGGCACCCGAUGGGGGAUGGCUACCUCCGGCUGCAUACCGGGCAUUCUGCAUUCGACACGUUGCAGCUAAUUUUGCCCUCACCUUCAAGGGCAAAGAUGCCUGGAGGCUUCUUGUGAACGCGGCAUAUGCGAAGACCGAGGUGGAGUUCGACUACUGGUUUGACAUUCUGCGGUCUGAGAAUCCGGCAAUGUGUGACUGGGCGAACCGAAUCGAGUAUUCGUUGUGGACACAGUACUGUGAUGAGGGUCGGAGAUUCAGGCACAUGACGACCAAUAUAUCUGAGUGUGUGAAUUCAAUCCUGAAGGGGGUAAGGAACCUCCCUGUGUGCUCGCUGGUGAAGGCCACAUACGGAAGGCUUGCGGAACUAUUUGUCCGUAAGGGGAGGGAGGCCCAGGCUCAGAUGGGUACCGGACAACAAUUCAGUCAAUACCUGGUAAAGUGUAUCGAGGCAAACCUGAAGACGGCCAGGUGCUUCACGGUGACUGUUUAUGACAGGGAUAACUCGGAGUACACUGUAGCUGAAACGACUCUGACAAGUUCGUUCUCACUUGGUACCUACAGGGUCUCACUAGGGUCUCAGACUUAUGAUUGUGGAUACUUCCAAGCGCUUCAUUUCCCGUGUCCUCACGCACUUGCAUGCUGUGCUUAUUCACGUCUAACUUGGCAGCCUUACGUCCACGAAGUCUAUCGCCUGAGUUCUGUUUUCGGUGUCUAUCAGAUGGGAUUCACACCUCCCAUUCAGGAGGGUUUCUGGCCACCAUAUGUCGGGCCCACCGUUAUACCAGAUCUGAAAAUGAGGCGUGCGAGGGAGGGUCGGCCGAGGUCUACUCGCAUACGCACCAACAUGGAUGAUGCAAAUCCGAACCGGCCAAAGAGAUGUGGCCUCUGCAGGCAACCAGGACACACUCGUCGGAGUUGUCCGCAGGCCGGACGACCCACAGGCACAGGGGGGAAUGAAUAG